CAGUUUAUUCUGAGAUCUGCUGUUCCACAUUUUCUCUUCUGUAAUUUCGCCGCUGUGAAGCUGGUGACGUUUGCUUUUCCCUCAGAUGUCUCUUCCUCCCCAUCCCUGAUCCAUUAUUGAUGAGCCUGUCCGUCGAUCAGCUUCUAUAAACCGCUCUUUAUUGAUCAGGUGAAGACGCGCGUCAGCGGCUUCAAAACAUAACGUUUUCCUGCAGAAACGUCGGGUGUUUGUCGGGUUUUUGGUUCCAGGUGUGAUGCUGUGAUGCUGUGAUGCUGUGAUGCUGUGAUGCUGUGAUGCUCGGAUCGGGUUGUUUCCAGGCACGGGGGGGCGCAGGCUCGUCCCUCCCCCUUCCAGAGGACAAAGACUAAAAAAUGGGUCAGGCUCCGGAGAGAGAGCGCACAUCCCGCUGCUCGUUACCCGGAGACGGAGCGCUGCGCGGCGGAUCCGACACCGACGCAUCUCCGCCUCCCUGGAGGUGAAAACCCCCAACCAAGAGGAACCGAGGCCGUUUCCUGAAGUGAGAGACUCCGGCAGCUUCACCGACUCUUCUAACCGCCGCCGCCCGCCGGAGGGCGAUGGAGGCCGGGCCGAGCUGAGCCAAAGAUCCGGGCCGAGCUGAGCCCACGACCCGGGGAAGACCCGGGGAAGACCCGGGGAAGAUCCGGAGGAAAAUCCGGGGGAAAACACCAACGCUUGACCACAAAAACAGGAGGGCUAAAGUCCGGUCCUGUGGACUCUGGACCCAAACCCGGCCCAGGACCUGAUGGAGGAACGUUCGCACCGACCGAUCGGACGUCCAGCUACAUCUAACCGCCGUCUCGCCGCUGCAGCCAUGACGGCAUCUCCGGCCUCCGGCCGUCACUUCCUGAAGCUGCUGGUCUCCGCCGUGCUGCUGGCGAUGACAUCACUUCCUGCGUGGGCCCUGGAGCCGGAGACGUGUUUCUCCCGGCAGCACCAGAGCGCCACGGUGAACGAGAGGGAGCUGAACGCCACGGCGACGGCGCGGGAGAACCGGGCCGUUCGCUCGGAGAGGGACUGUGUCCUCGCCUGCUGCUCCGAGACCGUCGGCCCAGGCCCCCGGUGCAAGAUGGCCGUGUUCCAAAAGAACCAUUCCCCCGGGGGCGACAACUGCUUCCUGUUCCGCUGCCCGGGGGACGACUGUCCUCUGAUGAAGGCUCCGCCCGGCGUCAACGCCUACGACAUUUACAAAGGUUUAAGUCAUCCUCCGACACUGAGAUCUGUCCCCAUGGCGACCAGCACCACGGCAACCAGCACCAGGGCAACCAGCACCAGGGCAACCAGCACCACGGCAACCAGCACCACGGCAACCAGCACCACGGCAACUAGUACCACGGCAACCAGCACCAGGGCAACCAGUACCACGGCAACAUCAACCACGGCAACAUCAACCACGGCAACCAGCACCACGGCAACCAGCACCACGGCAACCAGCACCACGGCAACAUCAACCACGGCAACAUCAACCACGGCAACAACCGUACAGCCAGCUACCCGCCCACCCUCCCCCACCACCACCACACCAACACCGCCCCCCACAACAGCCCCGCCCCCCGUCGUCAUCAUCGCCACGGCCCCCGCGGCUACGGCCCCGCCCACCGCCGUCGCCACGACGACAACCGCUGCACCGGCGAGAAAAGUCGUCAAGAGCAACAAAAAGCCAAAUAAGUUUGCCAAGAAAGGAAAACCUUCUCGUCCUCCCGGCCCCGCCCCCCCCGCCCGGCCUGUGACAUCACUUCCUGUCACCGCGGGGAACAGACAACAGACGGUGGCUCGGACCGAUGCCCCGAAACCGCCGCCCACCACGACACAUGCUCCGCCCACUAGCACGCCCACAAAACCACAUGCUCCGCCCACUACCACCAGAACCACGCCCACCACCACUACUACACCAGCUAAGACCACGCCCACCACGACACAUGCUCCGCCCACUACCACGCCCACCACUACCACGCCCACCACCACUUCUACACCAGCUAAGACCACGCCCACCACGACACAUGCUCCGCCCACCACCAGGACGACUCCCGCAUCAACGCUAAUCGCAUUUCCCAAAGUCGCCCUUCAAUCGGACCGCCCCCUCCCCAGUAGCCACGCCCCCCUAGGCAGCCACGCCCCCCACAACGCUUCCACCGCCGGCCGAGCCGCGACGGGGUUGGCGGCGCAGGGCGCGCUGAAGAGCGGCGUGGUGGCGUUCAUGGUGCUGGGGCUAGCCGUGCUAACGCUAGCGCUGGCCGUCGGCGGCCGGAAGGCCAUGGAGUCGUUCGACCGGCGACACUACACGAGACUGGAGCUCAACGACCUCCACUACGAGAUCUGAGGGGGCGGGGCUUUGACUGUCCUGUGGACGUCUCGGGCCGUGAUUGGUCGGUUCGUCGCUGCCGAGUCUGCGGUUCAUUUCCAUUUUAAACUUCCGCUGCAAAGGCUCUUGGGUAUAAUUUGCUGCUGCAUGUUUAAAUAUUCGUUUUAGAGCUAAAUUAGAGACACAGGCCCCUCCCCCCCUCUUAAACACGCCCACUUUGCUCUGAUUGGCCGGAUUAGGCCCCGCCCACCGUUUCUGUUGUUUGAUUUGUCCUUUCGGGGGGAGGGGCGGAGCCAAACCGGCUCCAGCACACUUUCAUCUUCAGCUUCACUUUCUUGCGUUUUUCUAUUUAACAACAUUUACUGAAUGUGAUCACUUCCUGCUGUAACCCACGGAUCCUCCAGGCUCCGCCCCCUCACCCACGACAACCAAUCACACGGAUGGUAAACAGUUUUCUGUUUUCGGCCGGUAAAAAGACUUCUUAACACUGUUUCUGGGGUUGAAACAUCGUUCUUUAAAGAAACUGUCAACUAUUUAAAAAACCUUGAACUUGAAGGUCAACCUGUGGUCCAGAUUUGGCCCACCCAAACCCUAACCCUAACCCCCUAACCCUAACCCCUAACCCUAACCCUCCUAACCCUAACCCUCCUAACCCUAACCCCCUAACCCUAACCCUCCUAACCCUAACCCUCCUAACCCUAACCCUCCUAACCCUAACCCCUAACCCUCCUAACCCUAACCCUCCUAACCCUAACCCCCUAACCCUAACCCCCCUAACCCUAACCCUCCUAACCCUAACCCCCUAACCCUAACCCCUAACCCUCCUAACCCUAACCCUCCUAACCCUAACCCUCCUAACCCUAACCCCCCUAACCCUCCUAACCCUAACCCCUAACCCUAACCCCCUAACCCCUAACCCCCUAACCCUAACCCCCUAACCCCUAACCCUAACCCCUAACCCUAACCCUAACCCUCCUAACCCUAACCCUCCUAACCCUAACCCCUAACCCUCCUAACCCUAACCCCUAACCCUAACCCCCUAACCCCUAACCCUAACCCCUAACCCUAACCCCCUAACCCCUAACCCUAACCCCUAACCCUAACCCUCCUAACCCUAACCCUCCUAACCCUAACCCCUAACCCUCCUAACCCUAACCCUAACCCCCUAACCCUAACCCUCCUAACCCUAACCCCCUAACCCUAACCCCCCUAACCCUAACCCUCCUAACCAUAAACCCUAACCCUAACCCCCCUAACCCUAACCAUCCUAACCCAAACCCUAACCCUAACCCUUGGGCCACCUGUGGUCCAGAUUUGGCCACCUGUGGUCCAAAUUUGGCCACCUGUGGUCCAGAUUUGGCCACAUUUGGCCUACCUGUGUCCCAGUCGUGGCUAAGUGCAGACGGCCAGAAGUGGACCGUUGACGCCGGCCGAUGGCCGCCGUGUUUCUGCCAGUCCUCCUGCGCUACCUGGGAUGUUUGUGGACACAGUUUUACAAUCAUUUCCUUCUCACUUGGAGUCCAUGUUGGGUUUAUGUUCCGACUCCAGACUGCCGGAUCGUUGGGACCUGGAGACGGACCCGGUUUGGGUCCUCUGUGGUCGACGGUGGAGGGACGUUCACCCGCCUCCCCACAGCAAAGACAAACAGCAAUACCUUAACUCGGGGGUCGGCAACCCGCACGCGGCUCUCUAGCGCCGCCCUGGCGGCUCCUGGAGCUUUUUCAAAAAUGUUUGAAAAUGGAAAUAGAUGGGGGAGGGAAAUAUAUUUUUGGUUUUAAUAUGGUUUUGGCUUCGGUACACACCUGUAUCAUGUCACAACUUAAAGAAAAGUCUCUUGGAGCCAUGGCUGAAACCGAACGAAUUUUGGCACAAUUUAUCCCACUUCUUCGGCCGUUAAUGCGGCCCGAACCGUAAUGUGCACCCAGGUGUGUUAUACAUCAAAAUGUGCGUCUCCAUCCUGCGACGACACGUAUUACUUUUCUCUUUCAAAAGCGUUACCGUGGCGAUGGUAGACGCCAAAAAGCGUGCACACCCUUCAUCUGAUUGGUUCAGAUAGAAAAUACUAUGUGCCUCAAGCCCCACAAUACGGUUUGACGUAAAUUAACGAAAAUCGGUACACACCUGAAUCAUAUCGCAACUUAAAGAAAAGUCUCUUGGCACCAUGGCCCAAACCCAACAGGAAGUCGGCCAUUUUGAACAUUUUGAAUUAAUCGCGUAAUUUUGGCACAAUUUAUGCCACUUCUUCGUCCGUUAAUACGGCCCGAACCGUAAUGUGCACCCAGGUGUGUUAUACAUCAAAAUGUGCGUAUCCAUUCUGCGACGACGCGCAUUACUUUUCUCUUUGAAAAGUGUUACCGUGGCGACGGUAGACGCCAAAAAGCGCGCCCCCCCUUCAUCUGAUUGGUCCAUAUUUGAUAGUUCCUACUUUCUGCCAUAACUUUUGAAUGGUUUGACAUAAAGAGUCGUGGGUGGUGUCAUCGGACUCGGUAUUGAGUCCUUGACCAUAAUUGGUGCAGAUUAGCCCUGCCCCUUCUUCUGAUUGGUCCAUAUUUGAUAGAUCCUACUUUCUGCCAUAACUUUUGAAUAGUUUGACAUAAAGAGUCGUGGUGGUGUCAUCGGACUCAGUUUUGAGUCCUUGACUUUUAUUGGUGAAACUUGCCGGCGCGAGGGCCCGUUCAUCGCUGCUUGCAGCUUUAAUAGUUUUCUGUGAUUUUGGCUCAAACACGUUGGGUUGCCGACCCCUGCCUUAACUCCUCGUAACUCAGGAAGCCUCUGGGGGUCUGACGUGGGUCAGAUCUGGGUUCGUCUUCUUCAUCUCCACUAGUAAAACACCUGCAUGUCUCCUCGGGCUCCGGCCCGCAGAAGCUUUAACUCGCCACGUCCAUGGAAAUACGAGCUUCACUGUGUCGUUUCUUCUGAUUUCUGCACAUCUUUAGUUCCUCACAGCGACUCCGAGGGUCCGACGACGGACAUUGCUGCACUAUGUCCUGUGGUUUUGAUAAAUCUGCUUCUUUUAAGAUAUUUGAUUGUGUUUCAUAGCUAAGAGGACACACCGGCUCUGCACUAUUUUCGUAAUCUGCACAUUUAUAAAGGAGGCUGCUGUUGCGCCGCCCGGCCGCCAGGGGGCGGCAGCGGCCCGGACAGAAAGCUGCACUUCUCUUUUCACUCUUUCACUCCUGGGUGGUGGUUAUUUAAUUACACUGCUUUCUUUUUCAGUCUUGUUUUGUGAAGUGAUAGUUUUGCAUAAGUUUAGACUUUGAUGUUUUGUUGUAAGGAUUAAAAAAAUGUGACUUUUGA